AUGGUCAGAAGCCUCGGGAGGCAGCAAAUAUAUGGUGGAUUUGAUGAAUCAUAUGCCCUUUUAUCAUCCUAUGCAGAAAUAAUCAAGUCUACCAAUCCCGGGAGCUAUGCCUUGGUCACUUGGACUGCAGAUUCUGGAGGUUGUAGGCCUAUCAUAGGCAUUGAUGAUGCACAUUUGAGUGGAUACUAUAAGGGUAUUCUUCUCAUUGCAGUAGAUAUUGAUGGAAAUAAUGAGAUUUUCCCAUUUGCGUAUAACAUUGUGAGUAAGGAGACUUUCUGGUUUAUUGGUUCAAUUCCCUACUCACUGAAAUACAAUUGUGUUCUGCAGGGUGUUGAAGCUGCUCUUUGUGAAGUUUUCCCAAGAGCAGUCAGGAGGGUCUGUGCUCAGCAUCUGUAUGUGAAUUGCAGACAAGCUGGAUACAGUGGCACAACCUUCUAUGACUUGUUCUGGGUUGUAGCAGAUGCAUACAAUCCAUAUGUAUAUAACAAAGCCAUGGAAAAUAUCCUCAAAAUCAUGCCAGAAGCAGUGGAAUAUCUUGACAAAGUCCCUGAACAGUGGUCCAGACACAACUUUGAUGUUGAGGUCACUUGUGAUCACAACACCACCAACUUUGUGGAAUCCUUCAACGCGUGCACCAAACCCUUUAGGGAUCUUCCUGUUCUAACACUUCUUGAAGAAAUAAGAUCUUGGUGCAUGAAGAAAAUAGGGACCAGAUUUGAUAAAGCUGUUGACAUUGGACCCGAUCAAUUGACAUUGUAUGCUAUUAAGAUGUUGGAAGAGAGGAGUGAUGACUCAAGGCUAACCACUGGGGUGUGUGGUUGUGGUAAAUGGAAAGGGUGUGGCAUACCUUGCAAGCAUGCUCUUAGGCUCAUAUACCAUCAGAGACUCAAGCCUGAUGAGUUUGUCAGUCCAUACUUCAAAGGGGCAGCAUAUAAGCUCACAUACUCAUAA